AUGGCGGAAACAGUAUUCUGUCACGCCCUCUUUUCGAAGCUUCGUGAAGAAUCUGUCGAUCUUGAUGAACUCGGCAUGAUGGUGGCAAGCGGACAUAUGAAUCACGGCGGCCCCGUUACCAAUGAUGUGAAGCUGCAAGCCUCCCAGGAGCUGGCCGGCAAGGUUGUUGAGUUCAUGCUGGGCCUAUAUCCACAAGAGGCCCCGGAUCCUAAGGUUGCUGCCCUUGAAAAUCAGGUACAUAUGCUUCAACAGCAGAUUGCUCGAUUUGAGAAAAGUCCUGCACCGUCAACCGCCCGCGAACCUACAUCAGCUGGAAGUGAUGCACCAUCUCCGGUACCAGCAACUUUGGAUCAGCCGUCGUUGCCCAUCAAUGUGGAUUCUACCUCUCCGCCACCUCGAGAUGAUAUUGUGUCGUCCAAGGCUCCUGACGGAUCAACCAAGCUUGUUAAACCAGACACCAAGACGCCGCUUCUCCAAGCCUUUCAAAAAGGUAAGGCAUCAGAUUCCGGUCUUAGCAAACCGUCAGAGCCUGAAGAAGUCGCUGAUACGGCAGCACCGUCAGGAACUACGGCCAAAGUUGAGUACGGAACUGCGUCGCAUGUUGCAUCGGUUGUGAAUUUCCCAGACGACAGCAAGAAGUCCUUCAUGACGAGGCAAUGGAAAACUUGCCGUAACGACCGUGAGGUGACUACUUGGAUCGAGUCGGUGACCCUGUCCAAAAGUAACAAACGGAAGUUGGUGACGUGGACAGCUCAUGUCCAGAAAUGGCAUGAUGAUCUUUCAGCAAGUGAACAAGCAACCUUGGAUCAGACGGUAGCCAACUGGGGAGUACCGAUCAGAGAUGUUGCAAAGCUCAAAGCCGGGUCAUUGCUUCGCAUCUUGGCUGUUGCCACGGAUCGCCCGAAGUUGUCGGUUGUGCAGGGUCAUGUUGCGUCUUCUGCUACGUUGCUAUCGCUGCAAGAUGACUUGUUGUGCAUUGCACAAUCCAGUUGCAACAACACGGUGUUUAUGGACGCUGAUACACAUUGGAACUGCUUUCGCAUGACACUUUACGAAUGGGUUGAACACCACGACCUCGUCAAGUACGACGAGAAAGAAGUUAAAGCCGUUUGGGAGCGAUUGUGGCAAGAACAUGAAAAAGCCCUUGACGGUCACUGGACCGUAUCUGACAUCAAGCGGAUGAAGUCCCGUUCCAAAGGACUCAUAUGGCACGUUAGAGACCACGAUGGCGCUCACACUCAUGUUUUUUGUCCGGUGAAGUAUUGGAUGAUGCUGCAAAACACCUUCACGGCGGACUCAAUUUUUCUUCCGGUAAGGCUGAGUGCUUCCGCAGUCAUGACGCAAAUGGAGCAGGCGGUUCCGGACCAUAUAUUGAGCGCCUUUCCCUUUAAGUUUUCGUCACGCAAAUCCCGGGUGUCCUGGGCUUACAUACUUCCGAAGUUCAAGAAGGAGUGGAAAGCAGGAAGACCUAUUGACAACUCAGCCCAUCCAGCUCGCCAAUUUCUCACUGUCAUGGCCAAAGUCACAGAGAUGCUUGUUGCUACCGUUUGUCCGCACACCAGACCGUACAACGACGCCAUACUGAGCUGGCAGGCUAUUCAUCACCUAUUUGGCCAAUCGGAUGUGAAUGUCCCUCCACAAUCUGACCCCCUCACCUUACACAAUCAGGACCUUUCCGGUUUCUUCGUCAGCAUCCCGGUCGAGAGAUUCAUGCUCACCUUCCGCAUCUUGCUGACCAAGUUCUACGACUGCGCUGAUGAGGACUUGGAAGACACUUUGCAAAACGCAACUGUCACUGUUGACCUUGCCAACGAUCUCUCGGUUAUGAAAACCAUUAGAGGCCGACAUUGCUUGGUUCAUGACAAGCACGUUGCAGUGCCCAUGCGGCUUUUCCUUGAAGCUGUACGAGUCUCGUUCAAGUUUACAUUGUUCACGGUUGGUGGCCAGACCAUCCAACAGUUGCGUGGUGCACCCAUGGGAAGUCAUUUCUCCCCGGCCGCAUGUCAUGCGGUGGUGAGCCUCUAUGAGCAUGAGUAUUUUGGACAUUGUCUGUUGCAUUCGGCUAGGUUACCCUCCUUCGGCUUGGUGGUCCGUUAUGUUGACAAUCGACUGGGGCUAUUGCAUCAGAGUUGCGAUCAACAGGUGGUUGUACGGGCGUUUUUGCACCAGGAUGUGUACAUUCCGCCCAUUGUGUUGGAAUAUGAAGAAGGCAACGUAUUCCUGGGCUUUGAGGCCGGUCAACGCACGUUUGAUUACCCCGAAGGCCCGAUUGUCUCCAGCAUGGAACUGUAUGGCUUUGAUCCGACAGAUGACAGCAAGGAGAAGAAGCCGCAAUGGAAGCUUUUCGAAAAGCUUCUACUACACUACAGGGCACCUGUCAUUGAAGACUACAGCCGAAUCAAAGCGGCCGUCGAAUUGACCAGUGCUCAGUGCCCGGUUCUCAAUGCCGGCCCCUUUGAUUUGCAAGAACGUUGGCUCGCAACGUUGUUGGCCGGAGCUGACGCAAACGCAAGAUUCUCCUGGUCGGAUGAAAGUCAGACAUGGCCUAUGGGCUAUGUGCGAUUCAGCAGGUUAAAGGACUUGUCGUCGAUCAUAGCCCAGAAGGUGGUCGUGCCCAGCUAUUACGAUCGGGGUGACAAGACGUGGCCACCGUCCUUGGGCUUCUACGGACGCAUGGUUCAUCCCACCUCUGCGAUUCGACAGCCCGUGCUUGAUGGAUCGCAACCAGACCAUUUGUAUGCCAUGACGUCUUCGAUGCAUACUGCUCGACGGUACGGUGGGAAGGAAGCUGAUACAAGGACCGUGGCAGCGCUCGGAUGGACCUUGGUUCGUCAACAUAAGCAUGCCAAGGUUGCACACUCGUCCGAUCCUGUCUUCGGACAUAUGUUCGAUUUGGUUCAUCGAACUGAUGGACGAUGGCAUUUCCGCAGUUCUCGUAGCAUCCUGACUGGCGCAGCCACAUUCUGGUCCAGUUGGCAGUCCUAA